AUGGCGCCGAAACCAAAUCCGCCGCCUAAAGAAGAUACGUGGGCAUUUCAACCCAUCGGCUCACCGUUCCCACCAAUUCCGGUGAAAUGUAUGGGAGAGCAAAAUAUGUACGUCGCUCUGUGGUACAAACACGGAAAGCCAAUUCAUGGACGUUCGUGGAACAACGGAGGAGUCGUCGAAUGUUCUUUUCCAUACAAGGAGGCUGAACUGAUCACCAAGCAACAAUUGGAAGGACAGAUUCAAGUGCUUCACAAAGGAAGUUCUGAUGGAAAUAACGCAUUUUCAGGUUUCUGGUAUGAGUGGAUCAAAUACAAGGAUCGUAUUGAGAAGCUCGACGACAAACAUCAACUUGUCCGUUGUGGAGACUCUUUCCCAAUCUUCUGGAAGAGAAAGGAAGGAAAUCUUCUCGGAUACGUCGACAGCAAAACCGAAGAAGCAUGGUUCUCGUUCAAUGGAAAAGUCAUCAAACAAGUCGGACCCCAAUUGAGUGAUAUGCACAUCAUCACUCGUAAUUGCAUUGGAGGACCACCACACUGUGAAUGCGAUAAUUGUCCGAAACCACCGCCACCACCACCAAUCCCACCACCAGGCCCACCACCACCACGUGUCGUGCACGACGAAUGGAUCGAUAUCCGCGAGGGAGAUCCGUUCCCAACUCGCAAGCUGGUUCAAGCUCUCGACAAGUCUUUGGAUACACUUCCUGGAGUCAACCCAGACCAGUUGCUGCCAACUUCUCCUGGUUCAACAAUGAGUACAGCAAGAAUGUCGGUUCUAUCCAACUGCUUGUUCGUCUUGGACCACAUGUCGUUGGAUACGAGUACGGAUGGAUUCUAUUCCCAGAAGCAGCCACAUUCGAAGCUGGAAAGACCUGGAAACCAGUUCACGUCAACAACCAUAAGGGAGAUAUUUCCAUCCUUGCCAAGGUUGAUGUUCGUAACGAGUCUUACGGAUACGGAUACGGAGGAAAGGAAGUGUCUGCACGUGGACCAGCAUGUGCCUCGACCGUCACUGUUCUCUGCCGUAAAGCUCUUCCAGGAUACAAGCUUGACGGAUAGAAAACGACAAGAAAGAGACGUUCACAACCCAAUCGAAGUCAUCCAUGACUGCUUUUGA